AUGGUCAUCCCCGGGAAGACUGGGAUGUCCCUCAUUCUCCCUGUGUUGGAGGCCAGCCAGCGCUUGGUGGACGACGCUGUCUACGACACCAUGAAGAGGAACCUCAACAAGAGAGAAGUUGCCACCCCGGCUGAGCUUCUGUCUUUUUCUAAGCUCACUGAGCCAAGCAGCAGAGCUAUCUCACGAGCAGCAGAGAUCAUGGAGACUUCCCUGCAAGCCUUGAGGCUGCAGCAGUCACAGCAUCCCCUGGAUGCCRUCCCAGAAGACCUGCUGAGCCUGGUGGCAAACCUGUCCGGAUGCCUGCCUCACAUGCUGCCACCAAAAUGUCCCGACUCUUGCCUGGCAAACAAGUACAGACUCAUCACGGGAGCUUGCAACAACAGGGACCAUCCCAGAUGGGGGGCCGCCAACACAGCCCUGGCCAGAUGGCUCCCUCCAGUCUAUGAAGAUGGCUUCAGUCAGCCCCGAGGCUGGAACCCCGGCUUCUUACACCAUGGGUUUCCACUGCCCCCGGUUCGGGAGGUGACAAGGCAAGUUAUCCAAGUUUCAAAUGAGGCAGUGACAGAAGAUGACCAGUACUCUGAUUUCCUGACUGUGUGGGGACAAUACAUCGAUCACGACAUUGCACUCACACCUCAGAGCACCAGCUCCACUCCCUCCUGGGGAGGAGCUAAUUGCCAGCUGACCUGCGAGAGCCGAGGCCCCUGCUUCCCCAUACAGCUUUCUUUUAAUACUUCGCUGGCCGCUGGCACCGCGUGCUUACCCUUCUACCGCUCGUCCGCUGCCUGUGGCACCGGGGAACAGGGUGCUCUCUUCGGCAACCUGUCCAUGGCCAACCCGCGGCAGCAGAUGAACGCCUUGACGUCCUUCCUGGAUGCGUCCACGGUGUAUGGCAGCUCUCCAGGCGCAGAGAAGCAGCUGCGCAAUUGGACCAGCGCCAUGGGGCUUCUCCGGGUCAACACGCGCCACCAGGACGCAGGCCGCGCCUACCUGCCCUUCGUGCCGCCGCGUGCACCCGCCGCCUGCGCGCCAGCACCUGGCGCCUCCGGAGCUGCCCGCACCCCCUGCUUCCUGGCAGGCGAUGGCCGUGCCAGCGAGGUCCCUGCCCUGGCGGCCCUGCACACGCUGUGGCUGCGGGAGCACAACCGCCUGGCCGUGGAGCUCAAGGCCCUGAACGCGCACUGGAGCGCAGAUACUGUCUACCAGGAGGCGCGCAAGGUGGUGGGCGCUCUACACCAGAUCAUCACCUUGCGGGAUUACGUCCCCAGGAUUCUGGGUCCUGAGGCCUUCGGGCAGUACGUCGGCCCCUAUGAAGGCUACGACCCCACCASGAACCCCACCGUGUCCAACGUCUUCUCCACGGCUGCCUUCCGCUUCGGCCACGCUGCAGUUCACCCGCUGGUGAGGCGGCUGGAGGCGGGCUUCCAGGAGCACCCCGGCCUGCCCAGGCUGCCUCUUCGGGACGCCUUCUUCAGCCCCUGGAGGCUCAUCCAGGAAGGUGGCUUGGACCCCGUAGUGAGAGGCCUUCUUGCACGACCAGCCAAGCUGCAGGUGCAGGACCAGCUGAUGAAUGAGGACCUGACCGAAAGGCUCUUCGUGCUGGCGCAGCCGGGCGCCCUGGAUCUGGCGUCACUGAACCUGCAGAGGGGCCGUGACCAUGGCCUGCCAGGGUACAACAGAUGGAGAGAGUUCUGUGGCUUGCCUCGGCUAGAGACCGCAGCCGACCUGAGCAGGGCCAUUGCCAACAGGAGCGUUGUCCGCAAGCUAAUGGACUUGUACAAGCAUCCAGACAACAUCGACGUCUGGCUGGGUGGCCUAGUGGAGGACUUCUUGCCCAGGGCCCGAACGGGUCCCCUUUUUGCGUGCAUCAUUGGGAGGCAGAUGAAGGCGCUGAGAGAUGGGGACAGGUUCUGGUGGGAGAACAGUGCGGUCUUCACGGAGGCUCAGAGGCGGGAGCUGGGCAAGCACUCACUGCCCCGGGUGCUCUGUGACAACACUGGCCUCACCAGCGUGCCCGUGGACGCCUUCCGCACCGGGACAUUCCCUCAGGACUUUGUCCCCUGCGCCAGCAUCCCCCGCCUGGACCUGGAGGCGUGGAAGGAGACCCUUCCCCAAGGUGGCAAGUGUGGCUUCCCGGGCCAGGUGGACAACGGGGGCUUCGUGCACUGCGAGGAGUCCGGGACGCAGGUGCUGGUGUACUCCUGCCACCACGGGUUCGUGCUGCAAGGGCAGGAGCGGGUCAGCUGCACCCAGGACGGGUGGGACCUCCAGCCCCCCGUGUGCAAAGACGUGGACGAGUGUGCAGACCCCACGCGCCCGCCCUGCCACGCCUCUGCCCAGUGCAGGAACACCAAGGGCAGCUUCCUGUGUGUGUGCACCGACCCCUACGUGCUGGGCGAGGACCAGCGGACCUGCGUGGACUCUGGCAGGCUUCCACGGGCGUCCUGGGUCUCCGUGGCACUGGGCGCACUGCUCAUCGCCGGCUUGGCAGCCCUCACCUGGACCGUGAUCUGCAGGUGGUCACGUUCAGAGGCAAAAUCCACACUGCCCAUCACUGAGAGAGACGCAGGAGGAGGCGGACAAUGCCGGGAAGCGGGGACGGCCCAGCGCCGGGCUGCAGCUCGGGACUCAGAGCAGGAGCCGGCCUCUGGGUCCCAGAUCCCACUGUGUGAGUAG